AUGUCUGAAGAAAAGCCCAAGGAGGGAGUGAAGACUGAGAACGACCACAUAAACCUGAAGGUAGCGGGGCAGGACGGCUCUGUGGUACAGUUUAAGAUCAAGAGGCACACCCCGCUCAGUAAACUAAUGAAGGCGUACUGUGAACGGCAGGGAUUGUCUAUCCGUCAGAUUCGGUUUAGAUUUGAUGGACAGCCGAUCAACGAGACAGACACACCUGCACAGUUGGAGAUGGAGGAUGAAGACACAAUUGAUGUAUUUCAGCAACAGACUGGAGGGUCAUAUUCUUAA